AUGGACUAUGCCGCAGCCGCUACUAACGCGCCGGCGCCGGCGCCGGCGCCGGGCACCGAUCACGCCCACUACCCGCACCCGUACGCUAGCUACUCCUACCCCUACGGGGCCUAUCACCAACCAGCCCCGGCCACGUACCCCUCCGCCGCGGCCGCCGCCUCGUCAUCCUACUACUACCCCGUCCCUGCCGCCGUGCCGUCCACCGCCGUGCAGUACGACCCUUACACGGGUUACCAGCACUACAGUCCCCCGGAGGGAGGAGGCGCCGCUAGGGCUGGCCUGGUGGGCUACUACUUCACCGUCGGCGAGGCGUCGCAGCAGGCCGCGGUUACAUCGACGACGCAGGCUGCUCCGGCGGCGACCACGAAGGAGGCGGGCAAGCAAUUCGGUUUCGAUCCCCAGCGCUACGCGCAGGCAGCAGUUGCCAGAGCCUCCAAUGGAAUAACACAACCAACUGCAGCCCCAGGCAUGCACCAUGCCCAUUGGAAUGCUCAUUUUGGGCAUCCCGUGCCGAAAUAUGCCUUGAGGAAACAAAUAAAGAAAAAGCCAAAGGCUCUGCAACCAGCACCAUGUGAGGUGUGCAAGAUUCAGUGUGAUACACUAGAGGUUCUCAUGAUCCAUAAGCAGGGGAAGAAGCACAAGAAAAAUUUGGAGAAAUUACAAGACUCGAUCACCCCUAAACCAAUUAUAAAGCCCCCAAGCAAUGUCAUUGGUCCAAGUAUGGCACCUGCUGCUGUAUCCAACUGUGUGGUGCCCUGUGUACAGCCGAAGAAGAAAAAGAGCUGCUCAGCAGCAACCCUGGAAGAUCUCGAGGUGAAGAAGAGGCGAGUGCUUGAGGCUGGAGCAGUGCAGGACGAAGUAAGAAUCUGCGGAGUGUGCAAUGUUGUCGUGAACAGCCAAAAAGUGUACGAGUUCCACAUUGCGGGGCAGAAGCACCAGGCCAUGAUACAGAAGCAGCAAGCGGUACAUUUUGUCACAUGA